AUGACUCUUGACAAACUCAUCAAAAAGCAUCAAUUGAGAAAUUGUUUAAUAUUUGAAACUAGCGGAAAAAGAGCCACCAAUACCCAAUCCAUAUUCGAGGAAUGUGUUCGACAAAUACGAAUUGGAGAUUUAGACUGUAUGGAUUUAAUGCGUGACGUUAUUGAACAUGAUUCGAAUGUGUUCACUCUGCCAACGUCUCGAGCAGCAGCAAAUGAGGUGACGAUGCGAACAUUUGGAACUUGGAACCAAUUUCCUGUUUUCAGAUUUCACCUUAAAAAAAUGAAAACAAAUCUAUUGAAUCUUCCUUCUGAAGUGUUGGUUCAUAUUCUCGAGUAUUUAUUGGUUCGUGGAGCUCCAUCAAUGAAUAAGGUUGAGGAAUUUGAUUCAUCGAUCGACUCGUGGAUGGAAAGUUGUUCUUCAAAAUCGACAUCGACAGCCCGAUUACAAGAGUUCUUCCGACAAAUCAAUGCAGUGAUGAGCGUUCAUUCAACAUUUUCAACGCUUCAUUGCAAAAGAACUCGCCCAUCCGAGAAUGAAGAAUCUCUCGUGACAAGAUAUUUCAAUGAUCUUUGGUGA